UCCUUCUGUCAAUUAUUUGUGAUAUGUCACAGAAAGGGUACCAUCCUAGUAACACCAAAGAUAUAAAUAGAACAUAUGUAAUCUCUGCAUGCAAAAAUGUUGGGUCUCUAGUAACACACAAACUGGAGACAAAGUUUAAGCUUCAAAAGAGGGAGACCAUAGUGAAAGAGCCCCCAAGCGUAGAGAAGGGCUCAGACAAGGAUGUCAUUCAACAGUCUGAGCCUGAAAGACGUCUGACCUUGCAGAGGAGGCUAAGAACUGGAUCCAUCGAAAAAGAUGACACAGAUAAAAAUCCAGAUGAAUGUGGUAAAGUCAAAACUCUUUUUGGAAAGCAGGAAGUGAAGUCUGGAUUACCACAAUCCAACACAGUCCCCAUUGCAUCCAACCAUCCAGAUGGAUGUGGUAGAGUCAAGACUCUGUUCACAAAGCAGGAAGUGAAGUCUGGAUUACCACAAUCCAACACCGUCAGCAAUGCAUCCAACCUUCCAUAUGAAUAUGGUAAAGUCAGAACUCUUUUUGGAAAGCAGGAAGUGAAGUCUGGAUUACCACAAUCCAACACAGUCGGCAAUACACCUAACAAUCAGUCUGAAUUAAAGACAAAAGGCCUGAAUAGUGCAAAUGGGAAACCAUUCCAACCAAAAUCUCUUGUAAAUGGGCUAAAAGCUCAAAAUACAUAUGUGUCUAGGUCUUGUGAAGAUGUGAAGGGGCUUUCUAGUAGGAAUGUAAAGGGAAAUGAUGCAUCUAAUGGCUCUGGCAGCACUGGACAAGAUAUAAUUAGGACACCCGUCGCAAAAAAUGGAGGUUUGGAUAAACCAAAAACACCGAAGAGUGGAGCGACUGGGCUGUUCAGGUCUACAUCAACAAGGGAUGUAAGAAGCCCGGCCAUAACACCAAAACGCCCAGUGAGCACAUUACCUAUUACUCCGAGGAAGACACCUGGUACAACCAGGCGGCAAGAAAAACCGGAGCUAACCACAACUCCAUCUGAAUCCUUACAAGUAAGAGAUGAAGCAGUCAGCUUACAACUUAAUUAUGUAGAUGAACCUCACAAAGAAGAAAACUGUGCGCUCGCUGUUGCUGUGAGAGUUAGACCAUUCAGCAAAAGGGAAAAGAUUGAGAAUGCCACCCAGGUGGUAUUUAUGAGUGGGAAGGAGACCGUUGUUCAACCCCCAGACUCCAAGGAACGCCAUAACUUCCUAUUUGACUUCUCAUUUUGGUCCUUCAAUAAAUCGGAUCCCAACUAUGCAGGGCAAGAAAAAGUAUAUGAGAAGCUAGCUGUUCCUCUCUUAGAGUCUUCUCUCCUGGGAUACAAUGCUUGCUUGUUUGCCUAUGGACAGACUGGAUCUGGGAAGUCCUACACUAUGAUGGGUUUUGAUGAAGAAGUAGGCAUUAUUCCAAGAUUUUGCAAUCAACUCUUUUCCCGGAUUCAGGCGACAAAGCAGCAGAUCUCUUUUCAUCUGGAGAUGAGCUACUUUGAAGUGUACAAUGAGAAGAUCCACGACUUGCUGGUUUUUAAAUCUGAUAAUGAGCAGAAGAAACAAGCACUGAGAGUACGGGAGCAUCCACUGCUAGGACCAUAUGUGGAGGAUCUCUCAACCAAUGUAGUGUCUUCUUUUCAAGACAUCCAGAGUUGGCUUGAGUUGGGCAACAAACAGAGAGCCACAGCUGCUACAGGGAUGAAUGACAAAAGUUCUCGAUCUCACUCUGUGUUUACACUUAUCUUGACCCAGACCAAGACGGAAGUUGUGGAUGGGGACGAACACGAUCACAGGAUUACCAGCCGGAUCAGUCUUGUAGAUCUUGCUGGGAGUGAGAGAUGUGCAUCAGCAAAGACCAGUGGAGACCGUUUAAAGGAGGGCAUCAGUAUCAACAAAUCCUUGCUUACUUUGGGAAAAGUGAUCUCUGCUCUUUCGGAGAGCUCACAAACUAAAAAGAAAGUUUUUAUUCCAUACAGGGAGUCUGUCCUUACUUGGUUAUUGAAAGAAAGUCUGGGAGGCAAUUCUAAAACGGCCAUGAUUGCUACAAUCAGUCCUGCUGUCAGUAACAUUGAAGAGACGAUGAGCACAUUGAGAUAUGCCAAACAAGCUUGUCUGAUAAUAAACAUUGCCAAGGUGAACGAAGACAUGAACGCGAAACUGAUCAGAGACCUGAAAUCUGAGAUUGAGAAGAUAAAAGCAGCUCAGCUAUCUGCCAAGAAUUUGGAUUCCGAGAAAUAUCGACGUUGUCAACAGGAAAUAACCUCUCUAAAGAUGAAACUGAGCCAGCAGGAAAUGGAGAUGUCUGAGUUACACAGGAUUUGGAAGGAGAGGCUUGAGUAUGCUGAACAAAGGAAGAAGGAAGAGACCAAGGAAUUACAGAAAGCUGGGAUCACUUUUAAAAUGGACAAUCGUUUGCCAAACCUGGUGAAUCUGAAUGAAGAUCCUCAGCUGUCAGAAAUGUUACUCUACAUGAUAAAAGAAGGGAAGACCACUGUAGGAAAAUAUUGUAAGGACUCAUCACAUGACAUCCAACUGUCUGGAGCUCUUAUUGCUGAAGAUCAUUGCGUCAUUACAAAUAUUAACAACAUAGUUAGAAUAAUCCCAACCGGAGAGGCAAAGACAUAUGUUAAUGGCAACGAGAUCUCAUCUUCCACCAUUCUGCAUCAUGGUGAUCGUGUGAUUCUGGGAGGAGAUCAUUACUUCAGAUUCAACCAUCCUGUGGAGGUCCAGCAAUUAAAAGGUCCAUCCAGAGUUUCUACAUUAUGCCCAGAUGGUCCCAAGGACUUUGAAUUUGCAAAGAAUGAACGUUUGACAGCCCAGAGAGUCACAUUGGAAGAAGAAAUUGAAGAAGCGCGUUUAAGAGCCAAGGAGGAGAUGAUGCAAGGAAUACAGAUUGCAAAAGAGAUGGCACAGCAGGAGCUCAGCUGCCAGAAGUCAGCCUAUGAAGAACAAAUCCGAGCACUGGAAGCCGAACUGAAAGAGGAAACUCGGAGGAAACACCAGCAAGAGAUGACUACUCAGAAAGCAACCAGCAAAAUCCUGGAGCUGGAAGAUGUGAAGCUGCACCUUCAGCAGGAGAUUCUGCUUAACAAAAGGAGAUUAGAAAUGGAAACUCUGGCCACCAAGCAGGCAUUAGAAGAUCACACGGUCCGCCAUGCCAAGAUAUUGCAAGCUCUGGAGGAUGAAAAGCAGAAAAUUGCAAGGGAAGUGCAGAUGCUACAAAAAGAGAAGGGUAACCGAGAGAGGAGUAUGGCAGUUACGCCUACUUGGAAUUCCUUGAAACUGUCUGUUAUGAUUCAGGAGGCUAACACAAUUAGUGCCAAACUCCGGAAACAUACUGUAUUCAGUAGACAUGAAGUGACUGAUAAAGAAAACAUACCUAGUAAUCCAGUACAAAUCCAAGUCAGAAACCUUAAGCUGGGAAUUGUAACAUUCUGGGAUCUGGAGAAGUUUGAAUACAAGUUGGCUGCCAUGAAGGAGAAUCCUGACAGUUCAAAGGAAGAUGAUCUAUUUUAUGAUCCAGCAGAUGAGUGGGAGCCAGAUCUGUCAAAAUCAUCGUUGUCUAAUUUGUCGAGACGCAGCAAAAGUCUCAUGAAGAACAAAAGAAUUUCAGGAUGUCUGUAUGAGAUCCGAGUUCACCCUAUUCAAAGUUUACAGUCUGGACAUUCCUCAGGUUUGAUGACCAAGUCUAGUAGUUUCCUGAGCAAGUCCAGCAGUGUAUGCUCUAAUGGUAAUGAUUCGAAUCUACCUGGAAUCUGUAAGGAUCUAAUAGGAUGUGCAUUGGAUUACCUGGGUCAAAGUCAUGCAGAUGAGAGCAGCAUUGCUGACAGUCUGGUGUCCUGUAUAGAAACGGUUUGUAAGGGAGUUCACGCAGUCUCCCAGGCAUAUGAGCAACAGGACGAGGACGGCACAGAGGGCAUGUUUGUGGUUAACCGGGAAGCACAAAUUCAAAGCAUCCAGCUGACCUCUGCUUUUCAACAGUCAGUUGUGUUAACAAAGCAUUGGCUAGACUCUUUCAGUGAAAGCCAAGAAACUAGCAAACCUGCUGAUAGCUUGUUGUUGAACAUCAGGAAGCUUGGAGGAUACCUGCAGCUGCUCUUACAGGGUUGCUGCUCAGAUAUAUCUGCCAUGGUUACAGAAGCAAAGGCUAAAGCCAGUCAUAUAGUAGAACAAAUACUGCAAGACAUUGGACACCUAGCUGCGCUAACUGAUGUUCAAUUGCAUCUUUCUAAAGAUGAAUGUACAGACAACCCUAUUCUACAGAAAUCCUUCAUUGAUAUGCUUGACCUUGGGUUCUGUGUUGGAUUAAAAAACCUAAUUGAAAGUGGAAUAAAAACUGCUGAUCUGAUGCAAACUGAAAUCCAGAGGUGCUCUGUUCAUGAUAAGGUACUUGAGGAGAUGAAGAACACAUCAUUCAAGUUAGCUGGCUUUUUCAGUAACUCUUUGGCAGACUGUAAAAAGCUAAACAUGGACCUGGUACUUAAUGAUUCAGAUUUCAAUGUCCGAACCUCCCUAAGUUCAGCUCUGCGUAAUUUGAAAUCGUGUAUGGAUUUGCUGCGGCAUACUGUCACUUCUCUACUAAAAGGUACAGACGCAGAUAUUUCCCAUAUUCUCACAUCGCUUAAUGACAUUCAUUCUUCUGCCUCUAUAUUGAACAAGACCUGCCUGCCAUGGUCACAGCACAUAAUCGGUAUGGUGGAGUUUAGAAGUUUGUCAGAGGCUCUGUUAUGUGCCAUUCGGAAAAGGGACUGCAAAAGUGCUAACUACAUCCAGCCACUAGAUGCACACAACACCUCUGUGUUCUCACCCAAUCCACUUUCCACUUUGACGCCCCUGCCCAGUUCUCUUCUCACCACAACAUCUUUCACUCUCCUUAACAAGUGUUUACAGGAACGUGUUGAUGCCAAUUAA